AUGUUCAAUAAUAUUACUCAUCAUUUGACUCAACCUUAUAUUGAUGAAAUAUUUCAUUUACGUCAAUGUCAAACAUAUUGUCAAUAUAAUUUCCAUCAUUGGGAUAAUAAAAUCACUACACCACCAGGAUUAUAUAUAUUAGGAUUUAUUUAUUCUGAAGGUAUUAAAAUUUUAACUCGUAGUAGUAGUACUGGUGGUGGUGGUGGUGGUGGUCAUUUAACUUGUUUCAAUGAUAAUGUAUUACGAUCAAUUAAUUUAAUUGGUGGAGUUGUUAUAUUGCCUAGAAUAUUACAACAAUUCCAUAAUGGGUGGUCAAAGAACUCAAAGAAUCAAUUUUUUUGGAGUAUUAAUAUAAUUUCACAACCAUUAUUGUUUACUUAUUAUUUCUUGUUUUAUACUGAUGUUUCGUCAACUAUUUUAAUUAUAUUAUCAUUAGGUUUGAUUAAUUAUAAACUUUUACAAUAUCCUAUGUUAAGUGCAUUAGUGGGGUUUAUGAGUUUAUGGUUUAGACAAACAAAUAUUAUUUGGAUAGCAUUUAUUGCUAGUAUAUUCAUAGAUCGACAAAUUAAAAUUAAAACUGGUGUCAUUGAUAGAAUUCGACAAUUUAUAAUGAAAUCAUUGACAAAUUGGAAUAAACUAUUAGGGUAUAUUGUUAAUAUUAUUUUAUUUGUGAUUUUUUUGAAAUUAAAUGGUGGUAUUACAUUAGGUGAUAAUGAUAAUCAUCAAAUUGAAUUACAUAUUGUUCAAGUAUUUUAUUGUUUUACAUUCAUAACUUUUUUCACUAUACCUAAUUGGUUAAAUAAAUCCACCAUCAAAAAAUAUUAUAAUUUCAUUAUUAAUCAUAUAAUUUUGAAUUUAGUCAUAGGAUUAAUCAUUUGGUAUAUUAUGGAAAAUUUCACUAUUGUUCAUCCAUUCCUUUUGGCAGAUAAUCGUCAUUAUGCAUUUUAUAUUUAUAAAAGAUUAUUAAGUCAAUCAUAUUUAAAGCCAUUGAUAUUGAUGGCAUAUCAUUUUUCAAGUUUCCAAAUCAUAUCAUCGUUAAUUAAAGGUGGUCAAUUAUCAUUCAUUGGCAUAUUUAGUUAUUUAAUAGCUGUUGGUUUGACAUUGAUUCCAUCACCAUUAUUUGAACCUCGUUAUUAUAUUACCCCCUUGAUUAUAUUCAAUUUAUAUAUAAAUCAUCCUCAUAAUUUAUUAGAAUUCAUUUGGUUAAACAGUAUUAAUUUAAUCACAUCAUAUAUUUUCUUACAUAAGGGGAUCAUUUGGUAG